UUCGUCCCGCCCCCGUCCCGCGAGGUUGGGUUGGGUUGGGCUGCCUGGGCGCUGUAGCCAUGACGGCGCGCGGGACCCCGAGCCGCUUCCUGGCCAGUGUCCUCCACAACGGUCUGGGUCGCUACGUGCAGCAGCUGCAGCGUCUCAGCUUUAGCCUCAGUCGCGAUGCGCCCUCGUCCCGCGGCGCCAGGGAGUUCGUGGAAAGGGAGGUGGCAGACUUCGCCCGACGGAACCCGGGGGUCGUAAUAUACGUGAACUCGCGGCCGUGCUGUGUGCCCAGAGUAGUGGCCGAGUACCUUAACGGGGCUGUGCGCGAGGAGAGCAUCCACUGCAAGUCAGUGGCGGAGAUUGCGACGCUGGUGCAGAAACUGGCGGACCAGUCGGGCUUGGAAGUGAUCCGCAUCCGUAAGCCCUUCCACACGGACAGCCCUAGCAUCCAGGGCCAGUGGCACCCCUUCACCAACAAACCGACAACGUUGGGCGGGCUGCGCCCGCGAGAAGUCCAGGAUGCUGCCCCAGCCCAGGUGCAAGUGCCAUGAAGAGUUACCCCAACAACUCCAAUCCCAGGCUUUGGACUCUUGCCCCAGUGGAGGUGGUUCUUCCUCUUCUUCCUCUCUGGUUCAGGGGAUUCCAAGCCCACGCAGGCAGAUGGAGGCCACCAAAAGGGAAGUUGACGCCAAAGCUUUUGCUUGGGAUAAAGAAGAGCUGCUUGUCUUCGUUGCAUAGGAGGCGGGGCAGUGACUUUGUUAAGUCUCCUAAUUAUCGCCCAGUUGACAUCCUUGAAACCUGAUUCUUCAAGGAUUUUAUAGGCUUUUAUUUCUCUGUAAUCCAGACUGAUAAUAGUAAUCUCAAAUCCAGGUGUGGGGUUUCAAGACUGGCUUCUGAGGAAUCUCUGAUGUCCCAGUUCUUUCUUUCUUUUUUUUUUUUUUAAACAUUCAUUUUUGAGAGAGAGACAGUGUGUGUGGGGGGGGGGGGUGGGCAGAGAGAGAGGGAGACACAGAAUCCAAGGCAGGCUUCAGGCUCUAAGCUGUCAACACAGAGCCCAAUGUGGGGCUCAAACCCACAAACUGAGAUCAUGACCUGAGCCAAAGUGAAUGCUUAAUUGGCUGAGCCACCCAGGUGCCCCUCCCAUCCAUGUCCUAUUUCUGCAACCAUUGAACUAGAGAGAGCUAGCACCUUAGAUUCUGCUGCGAACCUGGCAUUAGGACAGUCACUUUACAUCCGUGUAAAUGUUUAGAUUAGAAAACUGAGGUUAAUAAACUUGCCCAAAGUUACACUUGA